AUGGAUACAACAAAGAAAGAAUUGAUGGAAAUUGUUUCUGAUUUUAGCACAAGUAGUACUCAUGAUGCCGAUGAUGAUCAAAUUCUUGAACUAUUUGAGGAUUCCUUGAUUGGCACUUCUUCUAAAAGUAAUCCAAUGCUGUCAAAUUUGGAAAAUGAUAUCGUGCAGGGACUCGAUGAUGACUUGGAGAUCAUAGUUAAAAGAUUGACAGGACCACCGUCUGAUCUGGACAUUGUCACAAUAUGCGGCAUGGGUGGCAUCGGCAAAACAACACUGGCUACAAAAGCUUAUGAUCAUCUCCCAAUCAGGUAUCAUUUUGACAUUCUUUCUUGGGUUACAAUAUCUCAAGAAUUUCGAUGUAGAAGUGUGUUAUUAGAAGCGUUACAUUGCAUUUCAAAGCAAACAAAUAUUAUAAAUGAAAAGGAUUAUCCUAAUAAGGAUGACAGUGAGUUAGCCGACCUUGUGCAGAAAAACCUAAAGGGUCGAAGAUACCUUGUUGUUGUUGAUGAUAUUUGGAGUACCGAUGUUUGGGAUAGUAUAAGAGGAAUAUUUCCUAAUUUCCACAACAAGAGCCGAAUCUUAUUGACUACUAGGGAAUCUAAGGUAGCGAUGUAUGCAAAUACUAGUAGCCCUCAUGAAAUGAACCUCUUGAAUGUAGAAAAUGGUUGGAAGUUACUUCGUGAUAAGGUGUUUGGACCAAAACAUGAUCAUCCUCCCGAGUUGGAAGAAAUUGGAAAGAAAAUAGUAGAAAAAUGUCAAGGACUACCCUUAACAAUUUCAGUGAUUGGAGGACAUCUCUCUAGAAUCACCAGAACAUUAGAAAGUUGGAAGGAUGUUGCCCAAACAUUAGGUGAAAUCGUUGCUAAUCAUCCAGAUAAAUGCUUAGGAGUGCUCGGUUUGAGUUACCACCACUUGCCUAUUCACCUCAAACCUUGCUUUCUUUUUAUGGGUAGCUUUCCAGAAGAUUUUCAGGUUGCAUCUCGAAGAUUGAUCCAAUUAUGGAUUGCGGAAGGUUUAAUAAGGAUGUCUAGAAGUCGUAAAAGCUUGGAGGAAGUGGCAGAAGAUUAUUUGGAGGAUCUUAUCAACAGGAACUUGAUAAUGGUUGUUUGA